AUGAUGGUUGUGGAUGAGCGCUUCUCUGCAAAAGGAGCUAUAAAAGAUGCAGAGGGCUCACUGCAACUGGGCGACUACAAAGAUUUGAUCUGCAUCGUCCAGGAUGAGGCUGAACUAGCAGAGGGUCGGGAAGGCCUUCUCGCAGCCGAUCAAAUCCCCAUUGGAGUUCGGCGAUGGAAGGAUCCAAAAGGCUCAGGCUGGGUUACGGCCCAUCCCAGUGGUAAGCGGACUCGCUGGUUCAAUUCUGCAAUUUGGAAAAGCUGGCGCAUGGCUUUCUUGUUAGCAAAGCUUCAGCGUGAACUCUGGGAGGCACAUGAAGCACUGCCUAGAGAAGCAGGGGCUGACCAGAAGCCAGAGCAGAAGGAGACACCUUCACGCAAAAGAGGCCGGCCACCAGCAGACAAAGGUCCGGCCAAAGACAAGAAAGCUGCACCAAAGCAACGAGAAGACGCUCAGGGAAGAGGUCGUGGAGCAGCUCGACCUCGAGGUCGAGGUCCUGGCCGAGGUCCCGGCCCAGGUCGACCUCGAGGUCCAGCCAAGGGGCGAGGUGCCCGACCCACGCGACCCACGCGACCCACGGGCAGAGGAUUGAAACGUCCCAGUACCGCAGCCACGGCGGCGACGCCGGCAGCGGCAGCCAGUGAAAGCUCAGCUGCACCAAUGGAAGCACCGAAAGUGCGGCUGCGUUUGCAAAGAUUCCGGGGACCAGAACCUUUGCUAGGUGGCCGACAUCGUGGCUUGGCGCUCUUCAACCUUCGCAGCGAGAAGGGCCGAGAAGCAUUGGUAGGUUUGAUGAAGGAUGGCUUCACAGUUCUUCGCAAAGUCUUUGAUGCGAAGGAAUGUGACGUGGCCGUGGACAGGAUCUGGGACUUCGCAAUUGGAAGGUGUCCAGCCUUGGACCCCAAAGAUGAGUCUACCUGGAACCCUGACAACUGGUCCGCUGUGGUACGCGGCAAAAACCUUUGUCAUCUCUACGGUGCUGGCUGGGUACUUUGGCAGGAGCGGCUCCAAUUCAGGAAGCGUUUGGUGGAGAUGGACGUCUACGCGGAUGUGCCGCAUCAUGUGAGUUGGGAUGGCUUUCACCUUGGCCGACCUACACCAAAGCCCUGGAGCAGAACGCCCUGGGAUCACACGGACCAGGUUCUUCUCAACGGCGAAAGCACGGGUUGCACCUGGGUCCAAGGUCUGGUUGCGCUGAACGACAUGGACCUCUCUGACGGUCCAGCCUUCGAGUGUUGGCCUGGUUCUCAUCAGGAUGAGAUCUUUGUGGAGCUUCAAAAGACGGAAGGUCUUUGCGACUCGCCCAACGGCUCCUUUCGUGUGCUGCAAGAUGCUGGGCGAGGUUGGCUGCAAGGGAAAGGCAUGAAGCGGCAGCGUGUGCCAAUCAGUCAGGGUGAUGUGAUUUUGUGGGACUCGCGAUUGGUGCACCAGGGUGGUGUAGCAGCUUCGGCCAGAGCCUCACAAGCUGUUGCACCAUCUGGGCAGCAACAUCGAGGAUGCUAUGGCCGUAUGGUGGCGUACAUGUGUCUGGGCUUGGCGGAGUUUACCCCGCCCUCAGUGGUGGAGAAGCGUCGCAAGAGCUACGAGGCCAAGGGGGAAGCCGUGACGUUGAAUCACAAACCUGAUGCGUUUGAAGCCUUCAAAAAGAGCCGUUAUCAUGCCAAUUCACCUCCCAUGGCCUUCCCUGAAGCUUUACCUCCUGAAGCUCUGCAACUGCAUGGCCUCGCCCCGUGA